UGCGCCUUCCGGAUCUCCUUUCCUCGUGGCCCCUCUACGGAGUACCUACCUUUGGCAAGAGCAGGCACACCUACCUAGUACCUACCUUACGACACACGUCAAGCUACCACAUCUUCGCCUUCGACUCUAUCUGGCACCACGCUGCCUACACAGAGGCCACCUACGCCAGAGAGUCGCCAGUGCUCGCUCGCUCCGCCAUGCUGCCGGCCACGCAGGCGGUAUGUCUCCGGCAUGGCGCUCGUCGCGCCGCCGCGCAGACAGCAGCCUUUUACCACACCCGUCGCAUCCACAACAAGUCUCAGGGCCUCUUUAACGCCGAGGCGGCCCCGGUGGCUCGCGAUGCACGCCUGGAGAAAGGUCAACGCACCUCGGCCAUAGACGACAUCCUUGCCCGAAGAGCCAAGGCUGGCAAACUGGUGGCCGGGAUUGCUGCCGCGUCAGACAGCGACAUGUUUAAAGGCUCGCAAGAGGGCAAGCCCAAGGCCAAGCGCUGGGACUCCCAUUUGAGCCAUGAGAGCAUCGAGAGGAAACCCUGCACCCUCAAGCAGGCCGCCAAGCACCUCAAAAAGCCUGGCCUCAUCUCCCUUGGAGGUGGCCUCCCUUCCAGCCAGCUCUUUCCCUUCGCUGAGCUCAGCAUGAAAGUGCCGACUGCCCCAAACUUCUCGGAAAAAGAAACCCUGGAGCAUGGCAAGACGGUCACCAUCGGCAAAUACGACGUUCGGGACCGCGACGGCGUCUACGAUCUCUCCAUUGCUCUCAACUAUGGCCAGUCCACCGGAUCUGCUCAGAUGAUUCGCUUUCUCACAGAACAUACUGAAAUAGUCUGCAAACCCCCCUAUGCGGACUGGCGGGUGUGCCAGACCAUCGGCAGCACCGGUGCCUUGGAGCAGGCCUUGCGCAUGUUUUGCGACAAGGACCGCGGCGACUCCGUCCUCACCGAGGAGUUCAGCUUCUCUACGGCACUGGAAACGAUUGUGCCGCUCGGCGUCAAGGUGUUUGGUGCUGCCGUCGAUGAACAGGGCCUGGUCCCGGAAGCUAUGGAUGACCUUCUGAGCAAGUGGGACGCAAAGGCCCGCGGUGCGAAGAAGCCUCAUGUGCUUUAUACUGUGCCGUCCGGUCAGAACCCCACGGGUGCCACACAGGGCGCAGAGAGGAGACAGGCCAUAUAUCGCGUUUGCCAAAAACACGACAUCUUCAUCAUUGAGGACGAGCCUUACUACUUUCUCCAAAUGCAACCCUACAGAGGACGUGAUCAGCCGGAUGUGCCGCCACCCAAGAACGUCGAAGAAUUUGUCGCUUCGCUGAUUCCUUCUCUGGUCAGCAUCGACAUUGAUGGCCGCGUCAUGCGCAUGGACUCGUUGUCCAAGGUCUUGGUUCCUGGCUCUCGCAUGGGCUGGGUGGUCGCAUCCGAGCAGAUCAUCGAGCGGUACCAGCGUCACGCCGAGGUUGCCAGCCAGGGCCCCGCCGGCUUCUCCCAGGUUAUCGUGUACAAGCUGCUCGACGAGACGUGGGGACACGAGGGCUACCUGCGGUGGCUGAUGAACCUGCGUCUCGAGUACACGAAGAAGCGCAAUGCCCUCUUGGCCGCCUGCGAAGAUAACCUCCCACGCGAUAUUGUCAGCUGGGUUCCGCCUGCCGCGGGCAUGUUUAUGUGGCUCAAAGUCGACUAUUCGCAGCACCCCCAGGCCAGCACACGAUCCGUGGAGGAGAUUGAGGAGGAGAUUUUUAACUCCUGCAUCGACAGCGGUGUGCUAGUCGCGAGGGGCUCAUGGUUCCUGGCCGAGAAGGACAAGCCUCUGCCGGGGCUCUAUUUCCGCACAACAUAUGCCAUGGCGACACCCGACGCCAUGAACGAGGCAAUCAAGAGAUUUGGCAAGGCCGUGCGGGACAGUUUUGGGAAGCAAUGAGCGGCUCGCUUGUGUGUUGAGCAGCAAGCGGAGAGUAGUGGGAGGGUAGGGUGGCUGUGGCAUAAGGCUCGGUAAUCAUCAAUGGCAGGAUCAUUCCACGUAUCGCAGGUACAAGGCGCGGGUUGGGACUCAUUUGUAUCUUCAUUAGGAUGUGAAAUGGGAAGUGGCGUAGCCAGGAGAACCG